AUGCAUGCUGAUAUUGUGAAAGAAAACGACUCCGAAAUACUGAUGAAAGUGUUGACUGGUUCAUUAUCGAAUUCUGGAAUUUAUGAGCAGUUGUACAGUUUAAUCGUUAAUAAAGAAUAUAGUUGCUUUCAGUGUCUUUUGAAGCAUUCACAAUUAGACUUUUAUGAACCUUUUGAAGUAGAUGGGUUUCGGCUGCCAAUUCUACAUCAUGCUAUUCGAUUGGGUGACUUUAAUGCUUUCAAAUUACUCUUGGAAAAUGGUUUAAAUCCUCUUGUAUGUACUGGUAUUUGUCAGCAAAAUGACACAGAGUUCGUCUGUGAAGAUAUCAUACAAUUUGCAUUUCGUUUUACGUCUAAUCCAAAUAAUCAAAAAUCUAUAUCACUAUUGUUUCAAACAUUCUUAUACAAACUAAUUACUAACCUAGUGGAAGCUUGUGGCAAAGGUGAUGAUGAGUCAGUUGAACAAUUAUUAACAUCGUCGCCAUCAGGAAGUUUACGUAUUCGUUGUACAGUAAGGAGGUUUGCUAGUAGACAGUUUCAUUUAGCGAUAGAUUCGCCAAAUUCCUCUCAUAAUUCAUCUACCAAUUACGUUGUUAAUAGUGUUAAAUCUAUUCAUCAACCAUUAACUAGUCUAAUAUCGAAUCGUUUGAGAAGUUUAAAAUUCAAUAGACGUUUAUUAUGGAGUACAGGAUCUAAUCGAGACAAUGAGAAAAUGGAGAAGACAGAGAAGGAAGAAGGACAGCAACAUAUAGACCAACCUCAAAGUAUAUUAGAAUUAUUGCCAUUGGAAGAAAUUCCAAGCUGGAGUUCUGAUGAAAAUUCUGAAUCAUAUAAUUUACAAUCUAUGAAUAAUGAUCUAUGGGAAUGGGCAAGGAGUCAAGUUAAAUCUUUGUUGGUUAUAUGUGUACAAAAUAAUUACAUACGAUGUCUUAACAAAUUAUUACAAGUUGGUUUUGAAGUUAUCCCAGUGAAUUCUUCUUCUUUAUCGUCAACCUUCUCAGCAUCUGAAGAAAGUGUAGAGUUGUUAAAUCACAACCAAAAUAUCAAUCACUAUUCAAAGUCUAAUAAUGGGUUGAGAAUUUUAGUUGAAGAUAUUAGCUAUGUUGGAAAACAACAGUUAUGGAUUGAAUCAGUUUGUUCCAAUCAAGAAAGUGCUAUUCAUACUGCUGUACGAUUAAAUAGAGAAGAAGCAGUCAAGUCAAUAAUUCAGUGGGAACCAUAUUCAUUAGCUGUUACAAUUCAUGGUAACAAUGAAUUAUCAUUUGGUGUAUUACCAAUUCAUAUUGCUUGUGCUUUGAAUCGUUUAAAUUGUUUACAACUAAUGUUAACAAGGAAUACAUCUAUAGUCGAUUUUAGUAAUCAUUAUUAUAAUACUAGAAGUAUUGAAUCAAAUUAUUCUAGUUUAUUUUCUUGUCGAAUAAACAAAUCACCAGGUUUAUAUAAACAUUAUUAUUGUAUUGAUCAAUUGGAUAGUUAUAAUAUGACUGGCUUUCUUUUAGCUGUAAUACAUGGUCAUGUGGAUAUUGUACGUCAAUUGUUAAAAUUUACAGUGAAAGCUAAAAGAUUAAUGAACUCUAUGACAGAAUUAAAUAAUUUCAAUACUGACAUUAAUCUUGAUAAUCUUUAUCAACAUCAUUCAACUGUUCAUGAUAAUAAUACUAGUACUACUAAUACUACUGAUACUGAUAAGUUUACUUGCUUUAACCAACUAAAUGUUUUAGGCAAUCAAAAUUCGCCAUUAACUGAUAACUAUAUAGAUCAUAAUGUGUACUAUGAUGUAUGUCCAAUUGAUAUUUAUCGAAAAAUUUCAGCCUGUUGGUAUUUCGUUACUUCAAUUGAUAAUAAUAAUAAUUCUGUUUCAUUGAAAUAUAACCAACGACCAGCGAUUAUUAUUAAUCCUCGGUGUCAUCAAAAUUUAGAUGACCAUGCGAUUUGUGGAUAUUUUAAUGCAUUACAAUUGUCUGUAAUGACUGGAAAUAUUGAUACAGUUUCAAUUCUGGUAGAUUAUCUCAGUCGAGAAGUGAAUACAUUCUGUACAUCUUGUAUACAUGGUCAAUGUUAUAUUUCUCAAGAUAAUUCUGCAUUAUCCAAGGUGUCAUCGUCGAAUCCCAUAUGUUACACUUCUCAUUUAACUAAUCAAAUAGUAUCAUCUAAUUUAAAUUCUACAAAUCUACAAUCAAUUAUUACAACUCCACUUGGUUUAACAUGUUGUCUAGCGGAAACUGAUGAAAAUAAAGCUAUUGAAAUAGCUUCAAUUCUAUUGAAUAUUGGUGCAGUUGAUUUUAACAAUCAAUUAUUUGUAUACACAAUGAAAAAAUCAUUUUAUAAAUUUGCCGGUUUAUUAUUUAUUCAUGAGAUAUUACUUAAAUCUAUUGAACUAAAUAAAUCUGUUGAUAAUGAUUAUAUAAUUAUUAUAAAACAUUUGAAUUUAUCCAAUAUGAAAUCUCUUCAAUAUUCAAUCAUAUCAAAUUCAUUCUGGUUAUUAAAUUCUCUGAUACCACAAUGGAUUAAACUUUUGGAUGAUCUAUCAAAAUUCCAUUAUAUCAACUCAUUCAAUUCGUCAUCAUCAUCGUCAAUGUCAACAUCAUUCUCAUCAACAUCAGUAAAACAAGAUCUACUGUGA